GCUUCAGGCUGCCCACUCUUCCUGUUUCCCCUCCAACCCCUUUGGUGGUACAGCUCUGUUAUGAGAGCUCCCUGCCCUUCCAAGUGCAUAUGUGAAUGUCAAAGCUUGGGACAGGGAGAGCACACUUUCCCUCUGUUUUAUCUGCAUACAUGUAAGCCAAAGCAGGGACAGUAGCAGCAAAGGCCACCAGGGUACAGAACAGACAGAGCAUAAAAAAGAAGGGUUUGGGUGGAGGUGACGGGCAGAGCACACCUCUGCAGGGAGAGCAGCAGCAAAGGUCACCAGGGUACAGAAAAGACGCAGCAUAAAAAAAUUGGGCGAGAAUGGAAGUGGCGGGCAGAGCACACCUCUCUUCUGUUUAAUGUGCAUUCAUGUAUGCCAAAGCAGGGAGAGCAGCAGCAAAGGCCAGCAGGGUAUAGAACAGACUAAGCAUAAAAAAGAGGGGCUUGGGUAGAGGUGACAGGCAGAGCACACCUCUCUUCUGUUUAAUGUGCAUUCAUGUAAGCCAAAGCAGGGAGAGCAGCAGCAAAGACCCAGGGAUUCAGAACAUAACAGGCAUUAGCAACAGUAUGUAUGAUUCUGGUAAUAUCCACAGUAUAACAUCACUUUCAUAACAAUACAUAUCUCCACUUUUAACAAUCUGGACUUUUUUCAAAACAUGCAUAGUCUUAAUCUUCCCUAACAACCCGUAGCUUUGUCUAUCCAAAUGACCGAUGGGAAGACAUUUUUUAACAUCAUCUUUUCAACAAAUAUCUCCAUUGGGUGUCAAAAGUGACAACAAAGCAUGUAUCUCCCGCCCUGGUUCUGAGUUGUCACGUCAACAAACAGACUUCACGCUGUGACAGACUCAUUACAGUCCAGGGUAAUGCUACACUAAUGUCCUCACAUCAACAGAUGCCGACCUCAAACUUUUUUCUAACCACGACAGUGUUGCUCACCUGUACAUUAGAUUUCAUGAGCCGAAGUUCAUCCCCAGAGGCAAAGUUGCUGCUGUUUUCUCUCCCAUAGUCACGGACACUUGUUCAUGUUAAAGUGGGGGUCGCGACUCAAAAAGGUUGACAACCAAUGUGCUUUGUGCUAUCAACCGUUUAUCAACAUAGUGGGACAGAAACUACACAAAGCUUGUGCAUAACCGAAAGUCAUUGGAGCGCAUUAUUCAAAAAACACGUAUGUCCACUAUCACUCACAACACAUGCCACGCAAGUCAGUUUGAAAUAUCAAACAGGUCCCUGAUGACUGUGUAAAUAAAGAUUUUGAUUUUGUGUCUAAUUACAGUGUUUUGGGUUUAUUCUUUUAAGGAGUUUAUGGAUAAAAUUGUUCCUGAAAAAAAAAAAAACAAUUUUUGAGCUACAUGUUUUCUAUUGGACAGCCAUGAUAGACAAGAAGAGCUUGGAUUGAGGCAGGUUGGUUAGAUCACAGAUCACAGUCUCCCCUGUCAAAUCAUCUACAACUUGAUGCAUCUUCUCCUAAUGCCUUCAGUCUACUUAAACAAACAUGUAAAGAGACUUAGACCCAAAUUCUCCUGCAGCAAAUCCCAGGUUGAAAUAACAGUAUACCUGACACUCAAACUUGAUAGAAUUAGAAUUAGCAAAAUAAGGACAGUGAUUUAGUCAACAGGUGGUUGAUGCAAACCAGCCAAUUCAUGCAAACAGAGUUGCUGGGAAAAUGUGUAAAAACCUUAAGGCUCUACGGUAAACAGAACUGACAUUGUGCAUUUGCAGCAUUUAUAAACUGUUUCAGAUUAUCCUUCACGUUGUAAAAGAGAUUUCUAUCCCAAUACUGUGAAAACCAAGCUUUGUUUUUAUUUUUAAAUGACAGAUGUGCAUGUUCUGGCCCACCAGGAUGAUGUUUUUUUGGUCUUGGGGAAGGUAUUCUGCAGUGUUCAUGCAUCAGCAGCAGAGAGUGCUAAAGGCAAAAAGCUGACUUUUCUUCUCCAAGAAUCUGCGAGGAUCCCUGUGGAGUUCCUGAGCAGAGAGUGAGAGGGUCAGAUAAAGUUUGCUCGCGCCUCAAGUUCAGAGUGUGUGUGUUUGAUAAAGUUCUCAUAGCAAAGAUCUGAGACCAGCGGCGGUCUCAGCAGUCCAGAACACACUCCCCCGAAUCUUGCUGACAUUGGACGACGAGCGUAUAGAGUUAAUUCGGGAAAGCUAAUGAAUAUGAAUGAGGUAAAUGAAAGCUGAUGAAUGUUAUCCCUUAUCUCCAUAAAGAUUGGACGAUUCCCUUGAACCUCUGCCAAGGACACACACAAUAAAGAGCCAAUUUGAAGAGUUACCUUGUCUCGCAAUUUGAUGGACGUUGAUAAGAUUACAUCACAACCAAAGUGAUAUAUAAUGUGUGGAUGAGCUGAGUAUGAUCUGAGCUGAAACACUGAGGAGGGUGCUGUUUGUCCGUCGUGGAAAUCAAUGUGGACUUCAGGAGAUCUUUUGGAAAUAUCCCAGGGCUAAAACACACAUUAGGGUUAUUAAAAUGAAUAUGUCCAUUAGGGUCGUUUCUCCCCCAGAGACCCCUGCAAGCUGACGAAGAGAUAUACGCUCUCAUUUUCCUCUUCAUUUUCCCUGUGUCAGAUCAAUCAUGCACCAUCCCAACUCAAGGUGAAAGCCAUCAAAGUGCCAUUCCCCCAUUGUCAAUGAUAUACAGGAAACUGUGACGCACAGACGGGCCGGCAGACAAACAGAAAGACAGCAUCAACAAGCGAGUUAGAGGGAAACAAACAGCCGCGAUGCCCGGGGAGAUUAAUCUGCUUUACUGCCAGUCCUCAAGAGCAAAGCGGAGGGGUUGAAAUUCACUGUGAGCACAACAAGCAGCUGUAAAAACAGCUCAUAAACGUCAGCGUGCUGCACGCAGAGAGUCCGUGCAAUCUUUAAGAUAAGAUAACUCAAGAAACUUUGAUCAGCUGUUGGCUUCAAAGAGGUUAGAGGAGUGAAGGAUCCAGUUAGUUUUGAGAUCGGUCUUCACCAUGUUGGUCUACACCGCGAGCCUUUGCCUCCUCUGGGCCUCGUGCAUCCUCGCGGCCCCGGCGACCAAACAAACCAGACAGAAGGUGCUGCUGAUCUCCUUCGAUGGUUUCCGCUGGGAUUACGACCGUGACGUGGACACGCCAAACCUGGACAAAAUGGCCAGGGAUGGAGUCAAAGCCCUGUAUGUCACACCUCCUUACCUCACUAUCACCAGUCCUUCACACUUCACCCUACUGACAGGUAAAGUGUUUCAUUUUCUACAACAGUGCUCCCAGUUGGCAGGGGAUCUGCAUAUCAUGGCAGAGUGGGAACCAGCCCUGGGUUUAGCUUGGGAAGGAUUGAAAAAAGCCACAGGAAAAAGGAAUUAGUUGUAAUUGAAUGUCCCAGGGUCCAACAGCUUUUAUAGCUGAGUAAGAUAAUUAUGCUUGGAUGACUGAGGGAAGAAUUCUGGGCUCUCUUUUCUUAUUUUGACUCUCAAAUCAUCGGCGCCAGCUAAAAGAAAUUUAACUUCCUUGAAAUUAAAUUCCUCUAAUCUCCGAAGUUGGUCAUAAGACCUUGUCCAAAAGCGUCAUGCCACUCAGCGUGUUGAGUUGAUAGAAUUUUUAAUGUGAAUGUGUCACGCUCUGAAUAAUGAGUGCAAGCAGACUGACAGCGAUUCUCCUCUAUAGGCCGCUACAUCGAGAACCACGGCGUAAUCCACAACAUGUGGUUCAACACAACCACCACUCAGACGAAGCCGUACUAUCAGACUCAGUUUGUGAACGAGUGGUGGGACAAUGGCAGUCUGCCUAUCUGGAUCACAGCGGAGAAACAGGUCUGUGCUGCACCAUUUCCAGCUUAUCUCUGUCAGAGACUGUUUGUCUGUUUACAGCAGCAGAAACCAUUUCUCCUGACAAAACACCUCUGAAGGCCCCGUUGAAUCAUUUUAGGCAGAUCAGCGCAGUUAUACUGCAAAUUAUUUGGAGGGUGUGGAUGUUAACUGCAUGCAAAUGACGAGGCAGCCCUAUAGGCAGAGCUGUAGAUUCAAGAAAAUCAAUGAAAUCUUAUUCACCAAUGAUUUGGUUUCGUUCUUAGCUGAUCCAAAGUGUAAAGGGGUAAAUCUGAGGCAUUCCUCCAAACACAUCAAUUAAAUCAGUUUCAAACAAAUGUAGCAGCUUGGUCAGGUUACCCACACUUCUAAAUAUGAUGCUUGAGGUAUCCCUUUAUGAACUCUGUUCUCUGUUGCACUGUUGAGGGGAUGUGAGAUACAAUCAAAGGCUCAGAGGUCUUUUUGAGAUGGUGGUAAGUGGCUCAAACCAACACUGGACAUGCAUCCAGGUGACUUAUGUCCAUGUAGAUUCUCAUUCUUCCAGGUCAUGGUUAUCUUGAAGACUUAAAAGGCAGUCCAGUUGCCUGUUUUAAGUCUUCAAGAUAUCCAGGUGACUUGAGCUUUAUAUAAACAUCUAAGGUUGGUUGUUUUUAACUAUUGUGUUCAUUACCAGUUACAUAAUAUAUUGGUGCCAGAUUCUAUGUUUUAUUUCUGUAUAAGCUAUUUGGUUGGAGAAAAUAUUCAAAAAUGCUAAAUUUUGAUUGUUUAUCAGAGAAACUCUGUUUUUGAGCGAAACAAUACAAAGGCAACAGCUUAACUGCUAAAACUUCUAAAUAUUAAAGUUUUAUGAAAAAUGUACGCUCAUUUAAAUUGAUCUAUAAAUCUUAUGUUUAUAAAGGCUCUGAAAUACAAAUGAAUACAUUCCAGUUUGCAUUAGAUUGUAAAAAGAAAAAGGAAAAACUUUAUGAUAAAAUAUUGUGUAUAUUUAAAAAAAAUGGAUUUACAAGUGGAGACCAAUGCCCAACAAUGGCAAUAAAUAAAACAAAAGAAUUAUUGGAAAAAAGUUAAAACAAUGGUUAAAAGAUGAAGGAUGGAAAAGACUGGAUGGGAUAAAGACUUUUUAAAUAUCUAGGGGCAAAUCUUAUUGUUAUAGCAACUACAAAAGUAUAUGAGAUAAGUAAAAAGAAAAACUUACCAAACCCCAUUAAAGAUAAAAAUUACAGAAAUAGUUUAGAAAUAUUUCAUGUGCACGACAUCUAACAGAGCUCAAUAAAAAGCACGCACAGUCAAUGAUUAUGAUUUAAUGAUUCAUGAUAGCAUUUAUGACUACUCCUGUGCGUAGAGAUAUAGAGUUAAAGAUAAAUAUAAUCAGUAAAUACAACCACGGUUAUAUCUGGUUUCCUCUUCGCAUGGUUCAGUAUUAGCCUGCAUUUGUAGAUGCAGUGAUGAGUUGAGUUCACAGACAAUGGUUUUGGAAGUGAUUUUGAGGCCAUGCAAUGACUUUCACAACAGAAUCAUGUAUUUUUUUGUUGCAGUGCUGUCCAGAAAUUUAGAGUUAUCAUAAGAAAACAAAAAAGAGUCAAGAUCUUAAGAAAACAACCAAAAAUUCAUUGGUAUCACAACAGAGUAAACUGUAUAAAUGCAAGUACUUCGAUCUACAGAUUAUGAAAGACUCUUGGUAAGCUUUAUUUUGAAAAUGUUCCUUGCAGUACAUAAUUAUUCUUGCCUAUCUCACAGACGGUGUCAUCAGCAUGGGGCCUCUGACAAAGCUGCUGUGUUUGGUGAUCUGGGAGCGAGAACUUGUUGCAUAUUCAUCUGUGUCAUGCUAAUGUUUGUCCUUUUCCAAUCCUUCUAGGGCCGGAAGUCUGGCUCUCUUCACUUUCCUGGCACAGCUUCCACUUACCAGGGAAUGACUCCCACAAUCAAGGAAGUGGAGCCGUUGCUUUACAACUACAAGGACGAGACUAAAUGGAGGAAGAAUGCUGACAAGGUAAUGGGCUGGUUCAAGGACCUGGAUCUGGACUUUGUAGCGCUGUACUUUGGUGAACCGGAUGGUACAGGCCACCGCUAUGGACCUGACUCUCCACAGCGACGAGAGAUGGUGAAGCAAGUGGACCGAACAGUGGGAUAUAUUCGCGACUCCGCUGAAAGACACGGUGUGAGCAACCACCUGAAUAUCAUCAUCACAGCCGACCACGGUAUGACCGAUGUGUACCGUAAUGGUCUGGUAGAAGAGAUCACUCUGUCCAAGAUCCCUGGUUUUGCUUUCAGUGACCUGUCCUUUCACUUGGUGGACUUUGGCCCUUCUGGGAUGCUGCUGCCCAAACCAGGGAGGCUGGAGAAGGUCUAUAAUGCCCUAAAGGAUGCUCAUCCACAUCUCCAUGUGUACAAGAAGGAGGAGAUGCCAGAGCGUCUCCACUUUGCCAAACAUGAGCGGAUCCUCCCCAUCGUUUUGUGGGCCGACCCGGGAUAUGUCAUCAACGGGGUGGGUUGACAAAGUUUUUAUUUAUUGUUAGCUGUUAUUAAAACCUGAAUAUAAUAAAUACGAUUGCCAGUUUUGUCAAGGAAACUUGUUCAACUGUAGCAGACACACCAUGAAAUCAUACCAUGACAGCGCUCUAUCACACAAACAAGUACAAGAACCAAGAGACACCUAUUUGGCCUUGGCUACAGUUGCUCAUGCAUGCAUAGAUACACAAUGUGCACGCAUGCAAUCAUUCUGAACAAUGGCUGCAAAGGUUUCAUGCAAAGAUGGCGCAUUUACCUGAAUUUGGCCAAACAUGAUACUCAGGGUCAGUGCUGUUCAUUGUGCUGACAUGAUGAGAAACCAUGCAAGCGUCAUAUUACAGGAUAAUGUAUGCACAAGAGGUAACCGUACACAGGUCUGCUUAGUUCUGGAGCAAUGUGAGAGCACUGUGCUUCAGCCCUGUGCUGUAACUUUAUUGCUGAUUUAAAUGUGGUGUGAAUGGGUGAAUGUGACAUGUAAUGUAAAUCACCAUUUUCCUUUUUACCAAUUGACUCUUUAGACAUGCCGACAGGAUCAGUUAGAAUCUAAUUCUGAUGAUUUAUUUGUGUUUUCCAAAAGAUCCCACUCAGCCAGUCCAGGCCCAGACAGUCAAUGGUCUCUGGUGAGAUGGCAGGCCUCUUUCAAAGAGAAUAAAAUAUCACAAUCUGAAUGAAAUGUUUAUUUUGUAAGCUAUUCUGACAACAAAACUAUAAUAAAUCCAGUAAAAUCAUUCAGAACUCUACAUGUGCUAAACACAGGCUACUUUUGUGCAGCUUUGGAAAUCCUGAGGGGCAAAAGAUUAUAAAGUCUGCAGGCUUGCUAAUGCAUCAAAAUGUAUGUGUUUAUUACUGAUGUAAAAAUGUAACUCAUGAACACUGACAGAGAUUUUUUAAAAAUCACAUAAGAGGACAAAGAAUCAGAUUAUUACAUUAAAAAGAGGCAGCAAGGCAAAAUUGAAGCAUAAAUUGCUAAAAAUAUAGAAAUAUUUCAAUUAUAUUCAAGUUGUUUGAGCAUGUUUUGUGCAUUUUAAGGCAUUCUUGUAUUUCUUGGAUAUUUACCCCUCGCCAGCAUUCCCCGGUUAUUGAGUUCUGUUAAAAUAUCGCUAAUGAGGCUUCAGAACUGACCUCAUAUGUCAGUAAGGAUGUUUCUUUGUUGGUUUAGCCAUAAAUGCAACAUAUUAAAAGUCUGAACCUUAAAGAGAUGUGCAGCAGCAGUUUUCUGCCCACUGCAAGUCCUAUUGAUUUACCCUUUAAAGUAAACAGUUACCUCAGUUUGCCAUUUGUGCCCCAUCAACAUGCCGAGCUGCAGAGAGCAAAGUCUGUGAAACAGAAGCUAAAGACAAGACAGCAGCACUCAGCAUCAUUAAAUCUUCAGUGUUGUAAAUUUCGGGUUAUUUAUUAACCAUAUUUAUUAUUUUAUAUGCUCAUUAUAAUCCAGUUUUAUGGGUGAAUGGAAAUUAAUUGAAUAGCCUUGGCAUUCUGACAAAGUCUUUACACACCACCUAGUUUAUUUAGAAAUGUCCUCCAGACUUCACUGCAAAAAUACAAACCCUACUUGUUGUGUUUUCACACACUAAAAUGGCAAAACUGGACUCUUCUAAACCAGUUAAAUUCUAAUCUGAGUACAUUACAGUUUUAAUCAAGUGCAUUUGCAUGUCCUCGGGAUAAUCCAGGCCGGGCUGAUGACAUGCAGGGCUCUCAAAUGCUCCAUGAAGCUAUUCAUGCCUCGGAAAUUCAAAAUUAGCAUUUUCACUUGGCGCCACGCUCGCUCAGUCGCUCCACUGUGCAGUAACUUUGCAGCUGAAUGUGUCAGUCAGCGCUGAGAGCUAUUAAAUCUGAAUUUAUUUCAAAGACUAAAGUAAUUCAAUCAUGAAAUGGCUUCAAAUGCUGAAUACCAGGAGAAUAAUCAGUCCUGUGGAUGCUCUGACGAUGUGACGGGUUAUCUACAGUCUAUAGGUCGAGACUGGCCGUGAUCAUAACUGUAUUAUCUGAUUCUCUUCCCGCUCCCUUUAUGGCCACUUUAACUCAGAUCUGUUCGAUCCAAGAGAAAGAUAAGUGUGUUGAAAACGUUACAUAACAGCCAAAAGAUAACCAGGCAUCCCUUAUUACUGAUAAAUCCACCUCAAACUUCAUAUUUGUGGAGAAAUAUUUCACGACGCAUGUGAAAAUAUAAAACUAGAGAUGGAUUUUUGUAGCUUGGAGCCUCUCACAAAAAAGAAACUAGGCCGUUGUUCCUCUGUAUGGACAUGCCUUUGCUUGGCCAAUACCUCCCUCUGCUGACUAAAUGAGGGUAAAGUGCAACGUGUGAGCUCAGCUGCAGAUAAAGGAUAUUUCUAGAGCCACAGGCUCAGCCAAGGUUCAAUAAAGUGGUAUCAAACAAUGACAUCAUGCAUGCCACUUUACAAAAACCUUCUUUCCUCAAUUUUCUCUAAGACCUGAGACAACUUAGUGUUUCAAAGUCAUUCAUUUGUGUUAUUUAGCCUCUGCCUACUCUUCGACACCAAAGUUUCUGUACAAAUUGAGAGAAAGAGUUUCCUGAUGCUUUAAAUCUCAAUAUUAUAUAAAGUUUUUAUCCUCAUUGUUCUGCUGCCUGUAAAUUUCUCUCUGCAUUUUAUCUUUUUUUUUAUUAAUCGUUGAUUGGUCUGCACUAGGUCAGCGUUUGUUGUUCAUAAAUGUGCAUCAAAUUUGGAUGUUUUUUUGCAGGAACUUCAGGGCCAAAUUAAGGCCUUCUUCUCUUUCUGUCCCUGCAGUAUUUCCCUGUCCAGUUCCACAAAGGCGAGCACGGCUUCGACAACCAGGAGCUGGACAUGAAGGCCUUCUUCAGGGCAGUGGGUCCAGCAUUUCACAAGGACCUGGAGGUGGGGCCCUUUGAGACGGUGAACAUCUACGCCCUCAUGUGUCACAUCCUGGGCAUCACGCCGGAGGUCAACGACGGCCACUUGGACGCCACUAAACACAUGCUGGUUACCAGUCCUCGACCAAGUGAGUUUGAAUCAGAGUAAUGAGUCUCUCCCUUAGGCCGGGAAAGUGUGUCACUUCAACACCUGCUCGCUGUUUGUAGGCCGUUCAUCGAUCAUUUCAGACAACGUACACCCACAUCAGGCGUAAGUUUGAAAAGGUUACAAGAAAGGAGGUCUGAAGAGCUGAUGCCAAGUGUAAGAGAUUAUCAACAAACUUUUACUUUUUGUUGAAUCUGGUGUUUUCUGCAGACAAAGCAGUUGGUCUAUUCUCUGAGCGUGCAUACAUAAAGUGAUGUCUUUAUAAUUAAUUUUCAAUCCAAAGGUGCACGACACAAAGUGCUUUUGCAUUAAUAGGCAACGAAAUAAAAAUAGAGGCAGUGCUAAGAUGGUACAUUUCAGAACUAUUGAAAGAGAAAGGGGGGAAAUGUACCUUGCACUAAAAAUAUGACUCAUAAACUACUUUGCGCAUUUUAUCAAGGUGUACCUAUAGCAGCAGUAGCAGCAGCAGCAUCUUAUGAUAACAAUGAAACUCACACUGUGAUAGUGGUGCUCAGUUUCUCGAAGUUUAAGCACUGCAAAAACAUUAUAUUUUAAGACUUUUUCCUGAAAAAUGUGUUAGCAGUUAUUUUUCACUCAUCGCAAACAAUGCAGGUCUUGAAUUAAAAUAUUUUUCUGGGACUUGUCAGGUGAAUUUACACAAAAUCAAUCUCAGUAAGACUAUUUUUUCUACAAGAAAUAAGACAAUUAAACCAUAGAUAGAUACAUAAAAAAUCAUCUAGUGACAAAUAAGUUUGGGGUUAGAAGGGGGUAAUCAUUAAAUUCAAUAAAAAUGCCUGCAGGACUCUUUCUUUCUUUGCAAACAGUCAGGACAAAUAAAUAUGCACUAAAGAAACAAACAAAUGCACAGUCUCUGUUUAAUUUUAACUCCCCUCUGACUGCUCCAUGUGUAGCUUUGCAGAGAGCUGAAACCAAAUCGUUCAGCCUGCAUGUUUGAGUCACUUAAUAUAAAUAGAGACGUGUAAAAACAAACAACAGGAGAAGACGAUAUUCCUCUCUGGGGGUCUAAGUUUCUUAGUAGGUCAUAAUAAGGGGGCCAGUUAUUAACAGAGGCUGUCAGAGCAGUCAAAAAUUCCUCAUAGCAGCUCUAAAUAAUUACAGAAGCAUGCUCAACUUACACAGACACACUUUCACAGAAUCAGAAAAGAUGUAAGAGGUGCAGCAGUAAAGCUACAAUGAGAAACUUUCCACUAAAGUGCUGAUUUGUUAAGAACAAGGUAAAACCUGGUCCUCUUAUCUUGAACCCUGAUUUUAUUGCAUGCACGUCAAUAGAUUAGAUCGCCAGUGUCUGCAAGUCAUGCAGAUCUCCAAAGAUCAGAAAUAUACACACAUAAUCUAAAGGCUGAAUAAACAUGAAUGAUAUGCAAUAAUUGUACUUCUGGGAAGCUUUUCAAAAGAAAAUCCCCAUCUGUGUUUUUCUUCAGUUGUCAUUAAUCAUGUCGGCUUCAGGUAAACGAUGUUAGUUAAUUGGCUAACAUCCUUGUGAGAUUCUCCCUCUCUCUUUGUUGUCAUCUUUGUGCCUUUCUCUUCAAAGAUGUUUGUUUGUUUUCAAAAAGAGAAGAUUCCAUUUACUGUAUAGUGAGACAUUUGGGUAUUAGGGUGGUGUUGGCAAUAUUGAUCAAAAUAAACCACAUGCAGUGUGUUUUUUCAUGGUAAUAAUGAAACAUGCAGCACUGUGAUGUACUCAUGGUUUGAUACUAGGAAUUAAAAACGGAGCUCUGCAGCUGUAGGAAUAAUUAACAUGAGGCACACAAACUUAUCAUUGUUAUAAAUUCAUGAUGUCAUUCCCAAGGUAUUUAUUCACAGAACGACAAACAAAUUCAGCAUCAGAUCUAAUUAUCAAGUUAAAGCUCAUUACCAUACACAGAGACUUCAGAUGCAAGAGGAGAGAAGGUACAAGCUGCUAAAGCGCCAUCGGGUGGUCACCUGAUGCACCUACAUUUAUCUGAGGAGGCAGAAGUUGGCUUGCAGUUUUAAAAUUUCAAUAUUGCUCAGAGAAAGUGAAGAAAAUGGGAUACAAUACCAGUGAAAUAUUAUAACAGAAUUUGUUAAGUCAUAUUCAUCGAUAAAGCACAUUUCAAAAUAAUGUCAUGUGCAACCAACAGCCAGGUAAGUAAACGCCAAUCCAUAUAAGGGUGUAAAAGCAAUAGUUAUACGUUUCAAAUCAGACAGGAAGCCAAUGCAAAGAAGCCAAAAUAGGUGUUAUGUUGUCAUAUUUUCUUUUAGUGAGCAGAUGUGCAGCAGCAUUUUGCACAAAGCCAGAGACGCUGCAAAGUCUAAGCUGCAAAAAGUUCCAGGAGUUUAGUUUGUCAAAUCUAAAUAAAAUAUCAAUGAUCAGGGAACAAAAUUACAAGAACUACAGUUAGGACUUUAAUAAGUCAACCAAGCUUCAAAAACACGUAUUAUUUUAGUGUUCUAAAUAUCAGUUGUUUUUUGUUGUUGUUUAGCUUCAGGUGAACCUGUGAACUACCUGCAAAAGGUGUUCAUGGGGUUGUCUGCAGUGGCCGGAUUUCUUCUUGUAGUUUUUAUGGUGGUGAUGUCCCACAAGAUGUUGACGAAGAAACACAAGAAUAAAAGGUAAGCUAAAAUAUUAUGGGAUUUACAAUUCGGCAAUAUAUAUAUAUAUAUAUAUAUAUAUAUAUAUAUAUAUUUUUUUUUUUUUUUUUUUUUUUUUUUUUUUUUUUUCAAGAAUACUUUUUUGUUGACUUUAGUAUCAAUUUCCUCCCAUUUCACAGUUCUGAUUGGCUUAAAAAACAGCCAUCAGUUGUUUCAGAUGCAGUGAUAUGUUUUUUUAGUCCUUUCUCCCUCUCUCUUUUUUUUCCUUUUUUCUCUGUGUUUAAGGUUGGAAAGCUCCAAAGAUCUUACAGACAAAGAGGUGUCAAAAGUAACUUCAUUUUGAUCGUCUCAGUCACACCUCUACAGUUUCUGACUGUGCGCGAAAAAUGAACUCUGAGAACAGGACUUGAAACCAAGGACAAGAGUGUUGAAUGACCAUGUUGAUAAAUUAUUGAAUAAUUAUUUAAUAAAUAAUCAUGAUUGUGUGGGGAAAAAAACAAUAAAUUAACUUAAGGCUUUAGUUGUUGUUUAUUUUAUUCAGUAUUUGCUCCAAACGUCUGUUGAAAUAUAUAUGAUCAUGGACUAUAUCUGCAUGGACUUUGUCUCAUUAACUGUUGAAAUUUAAAGUUUGCAUGAAUACACUGUGAAGGUAUUGCCUAAUUCUAUUUUACUUGGAAGCUUGGAAUAAUGAAAUCAAGGCGUUAACUAAGAAACAUGCCAUCAAACGUCAAAUUUCAGGGAAGGUGAAUUUCUUCUCGUUCUAUUUCUCAUUUAAAUCCUCUCUGUUGGUGGUAAUAUCAGUUAUAAACCCUCAAAACAUCCGUAGUACCUCCUCCCUUGCUUCAUAAUUGUUUUAAUCAACAGACGGUGGCUGCCAAGGGACAGUUUUAGCACCCACAUUCACAGUUACCCGCCUCUUGAACAGGAAAAAAGUCAAUUCACCCUGCAUGGCUACAAACUUCCGGUUAUGACUUUCAAAUUUAAAGUAUUUCGACAGCAUUCAGGGAAUCGCCCCAUUCAUACGAUACAAUGCUUUAAAUCAGUGGUUCUCAACUGGUGGGUCCUGACCCCAAAGUGGGUCACGGACACGUCCUGGAUGGGUCACGAACAGCUGGUCAAAAAAGUAAAUACUUUAUGCGAUAUUUAUUAGAUAUUUGAAAUUUUCUGUAUAUGCAACUUUAGUAGUUGUCGUCCUCAUGUUGUCCCCCUGAUGUGCUCUGAAAUGCACUUUACUCAAUAAAACAAGUGGAUUUAUAUUAAA